AUGGACCAGAAGACCUUUCUCAAAACCCUGCGCAGCUGGCAGAACGGUUCCAUCAGCCGUCGUGAGUUCCUUGGCCGUACCGGGCUGGGGCUGGCCGCCGCCGUGGUCGCCACGAACAUGCCGGGGCUGCUGACCUCCACCGCCGAGGCCGCCGAACAGGCCAAGCUCGGUGAUCGCCUGUCCCUGGCCACCUGGCCCAAUUACCACAGCCAGGAAAACCUCGACAAUUUCGCCAAGGCCACCGGCGCACGGGUGUCCAUGAGUGUGUUCGGCUCCAACGAGGAAAUGCUCGCCAAACUGCAGGCCGGCGGCAGCGGCUGGGACGUGCUGGUGCCCACCAACUACACCAUCAGCACCUAUGUGGGCCUGGGUUUGAUCGAACCGCUGGACCUGUCGCGCAUCCCCAAUUUCGAUGCCUCGGACUUCCAGCAGAAAUUCAUCGCCCAGGGCACGGUGGACGGCAAGGUGUAUGCGGUGCCGAAAAACUGGGGCACUACCGGCAUGUGCUACGACACCGAAAAGCUCAAGAACGGCCCCACCAGCUGGAAGCAAUUCUGGGACAUGGCCCAGGGCCCGGCCAGUGGGCGCGCGAUGGUCCACGACUACCAGUUGACCGCCAUCGGCAACGCCCUGAAGAGCUUCGGCUACAGCUUCAACUCGCUGGAUCCCAAAGAGCUGGCCGAUGCUGAAAAACUGCUGAUCCAGGUCAAGCCGCAUUUGUUCGCGAUCAACUCCGACAUCCAGCCCUCGAUGCGCAGCGGUGAUGCCUGGCUGGCGAUGUCCUGGACCGGCGACGCCUCGCAGUUGCACCGCGACCUGCCGCAGAUGCACUUUGAGUUGGGCAAGGAAGGCGGCGAAUUGUGGAGCGACUUCUUCGCGAUCCCCAAGAGCUCGGAGCACAAGGACGCGGCUUACGCCUUCAUCAACUACCUGCUGGACCCGCAACACAACAAGCUGGAAGUGUUGAGCCAUGGCUACCCGAGCGGUGACAAGCGAGUGGACGCGUUGUUGCCGGUGGCGAUGCUCGACGAUCCGAUCAUGUACCCGGCCGCCGAGGCGUUGAGCCCGCUGGAAUUUGGCGCGGCGGCGACGCUGACCAGCCCGGCCCGGGCCGAGUUGAUGGCGCGAUUCAAGUCCGCC